AGUGCCCCGAAGUGAUAAAAGAAUCUAUCCUAUCCGCCGCCGCCCGCCGCCCGCCGCCAUCCAUCUUCCGGACGAUUUCUGUACGAACAUCAAAACUCUUAUAAGAUCGAAUACAUUGUCUUUCUGUUUUCUCAAUUCUAUCUUCUGAUAAUAGAUUGCUCUUAUCAGCAACCUUUCUCUGUGCUUAUCAAUCUCAAAUCUCACAAUGAGUGACCGUAAGAAGCGAAAAUCCAAUCACAAUAACAAUAACAACGACUACAAGAAUCAAAGGAGGCGAUUUUCAAAUGCCAACGCUGAAACCAUCAACAAAGAAGACCUCGUAAUCUACAGAAUCCUCUGCCCCGUCGGAAUCAUCGGUGGCGUCAUAGGCAAGAGCGGCAAAGUCAUAAACGCCAUCAGGGACACCACCAAGGCCAAGAUCAAAGUCUUUGACCAGUCACCUGGCUGCACCCAAAGAGUCAUCACAAUCUACUCCUCGGUUAAGGAGAAAGUCGACGUAACAGAGACCGAGACAGAGCCUCUGUGCUGUGCGCAAGAUGCUCUUCUCAGAGUCCAUGACACGAUCGUGAGCUGUGUGGAGAGUGCUGCUGGUAAGAAGACGGAGGAAUGUCGUCUUUUAGUUCCGUCUAGCCAAGCUUCUGGUGUGAUUGGUAAAGCUGGUGCGGUUAUCAAGAGCAUAAGGAGAAGAACUGGAGCUAGUGUUGAGGUUGAUUCUAAACAUGUCUCGGAUCCUUCGCAUGCAUGUGCCUUGGAUUUUGACAAUGUAGUUCUGAUAUCUGGUGAGCAUAAAUCUGUGAAGAAGGCUCUUUACGCUGUUUCUGCUACCAUGUACAAGACCAAUCCUCGAGAACAGAUUCCUCUAGAUUCAACAACCGUGCAAGACACUCCAGCUAGUGUUAUAGUUCCGUCGGAUCUUUCUAGUUAUGUCUAUCACAGUGCAGGUGUUCCAACGUUUGUAAAUGCAUCUGAGUUUCAGGGCUUUGCAGAAACCACUAGUCCUGCAUCUCAUGGUUUUGGCGGGUCUCCUGGAUCGAAAGAGCUGGUUUUGAAGGUGUUGUGCCCUGUGUCCCGUAUCGGCCGUGUUAUCGGGAGAGAAGGCUCGACCAUUAAGGGAAUGAGAGAAGCGAGCGGUUCUCGUAUUGAGGUUAAUAAAGCAAAUCAUGGUGAUGAUGAGUGUGUUAUUAUUGUCACCGCUACAGAGUCUCCUGAUGAUAUGAAGUCUAUGGCUGUUGAAGCUAUUCUUCUUCUGCAAGAGAAGAUCAGUGACGAUAUUGAUGAGGAGACUGUUAAGAUGCAACUUCCUGUUCCUUCCAAGGUUAUUGGAUGCGUUAUAGGUAAAAGCGGCUCGGUCAUAAACCAAAUCAGGAAAAGAACCAACGCCAAUAUCCGUAUCUCCAAAGGGAAUAACGAUGAUCUUGUUGAGGUAUCUGGUGAAGUCAGCAGUGUGAGAGAUGCUCUCAUUCAGAUUGUACUAAGACUCCGAGAGGAUGUUUUGGGCGAUAGAGGCAGUGUCUCUGCUAGGAAUCCUCCUGCUGCAAGAUCUGAUCAUUCCGGUUUUACACUUGCUCCUUUUGUAUCUUCUGUUCCAGAAUAUGCUUCUGUAGAUUUUGAUCAGAGGCGAGAGACAGGGGAAAGCAGCUUGGGAAUGGUUUCUUCAGACAGAUUCUAUGGCUAUGAAAGUAGUUUCCCGGCAAGAGAUCAUGGUUUGGUAUCAGUGGGUCCAUACUCAUAUGGAGGAUUGUAUCAGUCUUCUGCUUUGGAGAUUCUUGUCCCGGCGAGUGCAGUGAGUAAAGUUAUUGGCAAAGGAGGAGGCAAUUUGGAGAACAUAAGAAGGAUAUCAGGAGCGAUGGUAGAAGUUUCGGAUUCCAAAACUUCUCACGGUGAUCGCAUUGCUCUCGUAUCAGGCACACCUGAACAGAUGCGUAGUGCAGAGAACUUGUUCCAAGCUUUUAUUAUGUCCACUUGAAACAGUCUCUCUGUCUCUAGCUUCUUGGUGAGUUCUUUCUCACCUCGGUUUACUGUAACUGUAGGAGAAGUUGUUUAAUUAAUAACAACCCGGAAUAGAAUGAUAUUCCGGUUUAGCGAUCAUGUGUCUAUGAGCCGUGUACCGUAGCGUUGCUUGUUAUUUAAAUUCUUGGAAAUUACAUGCAGAAGACCCUCUAUUGUUUAUUAUAGUUUACUUAUUUUCCCUAUA